AUGUCGAGGAUCAGCUGGGGCUACCUCGAGCACAACGGUCCUAUUCAUUGGAAUGAACUCUUCCCUAUCGCCAAUGGAGAUCAGCAAUCCCCGAUUGAGAUUAAAACCAAAGAAGUGAAAUAUGACUCUUCCCUCCGACCUCUUAGCAUCAAGUAUGACCCAAGCUCAGCUAAAAUCAUCAGCAAUAGUGGUCAUUCCUUCAAUGUUGACUUUGAUGACACCGAGGACAAAUCAGUUCUGCGUGGGGGUCCUCUCCGUGGAAACUACAGGUUACGGCAGUUUCACCUGCACUGGGGUUCUGCUGAUGACCAUGGCUCUGAGCACGUGGUGGAUGGAGUGAGAUAUGCAGCGGAGCUCCACGUAGUCCACUGGAAUUCCGACAAAUAUCCCAGCUUCGUGGAAGCAGCUCAUGAGCCGGAUGGACUCGCUGUCUUGGGAGUGUUUCUAAAGAUUGGUGAAUGUAAUUCUCAACUACAGAAGAUUACUGACAUUUUGGAUUCCAUUAAAGAAAAGGGAAAACAAAUGCGAUUCACAAAUUUUGACCCAUUAUCUCUGCUUCCACCAUGCUGGGACUACUGGACGUACCCUGGUUCUCUCACGGUUCCACCCCUUCUUGAGAGCGUCACAUGGAUCGUUUUAAAACAGCCUAUAACUGUGAGCUCCCAACAGCUGGCCAAAUUCCGCGGUCUCCUGUGUACAGCCGAGGGUGAAACAGCAGCGUUUUUGUUGAGCAACCACCGUCCGCCCCAGCCACUGAAGGGCCGCAAAGUGAGAGCCUCCUUCCGUUAGAUGCUGUCCCCGGGGAUCCCGUGAGACAGACUGUGGAAGGAACCAGAACAAAGCCAAGGAAAUCAAACCCCCCAAGUUCUCACCAACAGUUCUAGAAUUCUAAUUACUGAGUGCCACUUUACUCUCAGCUUCAGUGAAGAGAACUGCGUCCCUGGAUGUGAACUAAUUUAGAUCAUCUGCCUCAGCUUUGCAUUUAUGUAUUUUCAAGCAGUGAAUAGAGUUUGGCAUGUAUUGAAAUUCAUCAAAUAUGUGUAUUUUAGCCUGCUUGAAAGCAUAGCCUACACGGCAAACCUCUGAAUGUUUUCAAGAUUUUUCUUUAGAUACCAACAGUCACACCUCCUGGUGGUGGUAGGUGAGAAGCACAAAUUCAGUCUCCAAAUAAUUGUGUAUACUUUUCUAAGCAGGUUAUUAUUCAUAAAAUUAGAAUAUUUACCUUUAAGAUGAAUUUCUGCUGUGACUACCUAGCUGGCUCUCAUUGCAUGGUAUCUUUUGUGAAUGAGUAAUAUGAGUGACAGGGAGUA